UGCGAAGUUAGAAAAUCAACAAAGUAGGUACCUAAACAUUUUAUUAAAAAUUAAUUUUAGCUGGACAAUGUCCAAAAAUACAAACUCAGUUAAAUCUACGAAAAGUGAAUCACCUAAAACUCCCGGGGGCAUCAGUAUUUCUUUGCUGACUCCUUGUAGACGAGUUGGGUUAUCUAGAAGCUGGCGUAAAGAAGGUCCUUCGCCUUUUAUUUCUCCAUUAUCGAGUUCACAACAAAAUACCGUUGAAGAGCAGAGCACUCCGCAAGCGAGAAAUUCCAGAAAAAGAAAAAAUGGCUCGCCUGAAAAAGGUAGCCACAAAAUCGAAGAUGAAAACGACACAAGUGCCACAAAUACAACGGAAACCGAAAAUUCACAAACACCAACAAGAGCAAACGUCAUUCGAAAAAGAUCUAAAACUCUACUGAGCAAGGUAACACAAAAUAAAUGCGAAAGUCCUAAAGAAACUAAAGAAUGUAAUGAUGACUGUGAGGAGUUAAAUGCUACAAAAGUAUCUAAACUCUCCAGACUGAAUUCGAAAUUUAAUAAAUCUAAGUCUCCACUUAUAAAGAUUGAUAAGGAAAAUAAGUCAAAACAGGUCAGUUCAACACCUAGUACAAGUAAACUAGAAGGUAACUUAGAUAAAACAAAAAAUACAAGUCCACAAAAUCUAACUACAGAAUGUGUUGUAGUUAUACAGAAAGAAAUAUUCAAAGAUAACUCUCAGAAAGUUAAUGUAUUGGAAAAAGAUCCAAAACCUUCCCAAAUUUUGUUAGAUUCGGAUUCAGAUGAUAUACCACUAUGCCAAAUAAACAAAAACACAAGAGAUGUUUCUGAUGAAAUAGAAGUACAAUCAAUAGCAGAAGAAAUUUCAGAUGAGAGAGGCACAAUAAUAAACGAUGCAAAGAUAGGAAACAAAGUAUCUAAAUUGGAAGACAAAAAAACAUCAACUACAGACUUAAAAACCAUAGCCAAAAAGUCUAAAUUAUCAAGAAAGAGUUCAAAGACGGAAAUUAAAAUAGAAUCCAAACCAUCAUCACAAAGUUCUUUUGAUGAUGAGGACGAUGAUGAUUUUGAUCAUCGGAAAACAAUCAUAGUUAAGAAAUGUUAUGAUAAAGUUGUAAAACCGUUAAAAGCGAAAUCUACAGGUUCAAUAACAGACAAAGAUAUAGAGGAGCUAAAAACUAGAAUAGAAGUUAAGAAGAAAUUGCUUUUGGCGAAGACUUUAGACUCCGACACAAAAGACGUACGGGAUCUUAUUAAGAAAUGGCAGAAAGGCUGCCAGGACGCAUUAGUUGAGCUAAUGGAGUUAAUGAAAAAGAAAAUGCCAGAUCAACCUAAAAUGGAGAAUGCGCAGAUAUUGAAUAUGUUGAAAAUACCAGCAGAUCUAGUAGGCUAUGACUCGGAGAAUGAUUGCUUUAAUUCACCCAAUGAUACUAAUAUAAUUUUAUCUUGUCUUAAGAUAUAGAUGAUA